AUGUAUAGUUACCACCAGUCAGAAUCAGCCACAGAAUUAAAAGUUAAGAGAAAACAUCACAGUUUCAAAGAUCCAUAUGAGAAUAGACAAUAUGAAGGUCCAGACAUACCACCAUAUGGUGGUACGGAUGCCGAAUCAUCCACAAACGAAGUUACUUCACAUAUGCUGACAUAUUCCGGACCUUUGUCUUCUCGACCCGUCAAUUGCGAGCGAAAGCCAAGUGCACUGGCAUUUAAUGGGAAUGACUGUCUCAGACAACCCGGUGAAAGUGGUGAUACCAAGAAUGUUGAAGAAAAUCACCUCUCUAAUUCAAAUAGAGGAAAACUAGCACAACAUACCAAAUUCUUCACCAGACAGGAAGAGAAUGAUGAUUCCAAGCAAUCGAAAAAGAACGAAACACCUAACUUGGACCAAUCAAACGACAGUUCAGCGAAUGUGGAUCUGAUAGAAACCAAUCGUCUAAAGAGUUAUGUACACCUGAAAUCUGAAACAAACCAAAAGGUUUCUCAUCACUCAAUUCCAUCACUACAACCAGAAGACAACGAUUCUUUUUACCAGGUACAAUCAAAAGGCAAUAGUCAAAGAAAUCGCAGCCGAAGAAGAAAGUCAAACAACCACGAAGCAACCAAGAAUAAUCAAAAGGCUUUUCAUCAUGUAAUUUCUAAAACUUCGUCACACCAACAAGCCAUUUGUCAUUCCAAAACAGAACGUAACGAGUCAUCAUGUCAGGACCAAUCAAAAAGCAAUUCAUUGAACCCAGAUCGUAAUUUAACCUACCCUAAAGGAACCAAAAUUAAUCCACCAAUAAUCCAAGACAAAUCAAUCCCGAGCAAAGUGCAUCUACCAAAUCAUUUUCAAAAGAUUGUAACCUGUCCGAAGUCAAAACCAAGUCGCAACUUUUAUGUUCUGCUGCUGAGAGGCGAAUUGUCAAUAUCUUUUGUUGCCCUUUUGGAUAUAAUUUUAGGCCCUGAUAGUAAACACAAUUUACUAUCUAUUGACGUAGAACCGAUCUUGGACCUUGAAAGCACGACCAUAAACUUUUCCGACGUCCAGAAAGCUGAACAGGCUUUAAAGCAACUUCGUGAGUUCAACUGUCAAAAUCUGCUUUGUACUUGGACUCCUGUGGAUAAGCGUAUAGAAAUUUUGAAGACAUAUUUUAACGACUUUGAAUUGCAUUCUUCUGACAUUUUGAAAACUCACGAUGAAAAAAUUCAAGCCAUCCGAAAACAAUUGGAAAGUUGUGCCUUUGAUGAAAAGGAAGCCUUAAAGAUGCGGAAAGAGGAGCUAAUACUACAGCUUAGAGAGUUGACAAGUUUUUCAGAAACGGUUCGGGAAUCUCUUCGCCGUUCCAUUCUAUUGGAGGAUGAACAAUCGCCACCUGAUGCGGCGAUCCAAACAGCGAUUGAGACUCUGGAAGAACUCGGAAGCAUCAAGGAUGAUAGGAUUACAGACAUUGGGAAAUGGUUGGUGAAGAUUCCCCUCGAGCCGCGAUUUGGUUGUAUGAUUAAAAAGGGGUUUGAAAUGGGGUUCGCCUAUGAAACCAUCGUAUUUACUGCUUUAUGUAGUUCCUCAGGAUCUAUAUUCUAUCGAGGAGGCAAUGAUCAGCAGAAGAAACGAAGCGAUUUGAAGAAGCUGACAUUUUGUGACACUAAGGGUGAUGCUUUUACUUAUUUGAAAAUCUACAAGGAAUGGGAGCAAGUGACAGAAAAACGGAAGAAUAAAUGGUGCUUUGAUAAUGCCCUUAAUUCCAAAACACUUCGCGGAGCCAGAGAAUUGGUGAACGAGAUAUGUUCUAUUUUUAAACAUAACUGGUCCAUUCUCGUCAAGAAAACUUUUUCUACCAAAGUGGAACUUGAAGAAGCUCUCCAGAACAUUAUCCUGUUUGCCUUUUACGAGAAUAUUGCCCAUUCUUUAGGCCACAAUAGGAUGGGUUAUUACAUUCCUAACCUACGACAGAGAGUCUUUGUCCAUCCAUCGUCUGCCCUGAACUCUUUAAACGAUUCGAGUCAAUGGUUGGUGUUUAUAAACAUUCUGAAAACUUCAAGAGAUUAUAUAACCGUUGUGACGCCCGUGGAGGAGUCAUGGAUUCGGAAGAUUACCUCUUUAAAGACCAAACAAUUUGAUAUCGACGAAGCUAAGAAAAAAUCAGUGUGCUCAGUUCGUAAUCAAUUUUUCGGUUCCACAACAUAUUCAUUCUUUGUUGGUCCUGCUUACACGAAGCUAAAGGCUUAUGGAGAUUUACUAUACGAAUCGGUACAAGUCCCUGUGGUCUUAGAAGCUGAUCGAAAAACUGGGGAAGUCAAAUUCAUCUGCGCCUUUAAUGCAACGAUACCAGAUGAUCUGAUAGACGACUGGGUUACCGAGGCUAAAAGUCACGUGAUACAAAGGACUGCUGAAUAUAAAGUAGGCCCGAACAACCAGGCUGGUGGAGUUCGAAUCGUUCUUGGUUUAGGUGGUGAAGGUCAGCUGAUUCUGAUGCCUGACGAAUACCGGAAUAUCCACAUCAAAUCGUCAGGUAAAGAGACCAGUAAGGAGACGGUGGUGGACAAGUUUAAAAGAUUUGGACAGAUUGUAGACUGUUGGGAGGAUAAACGAUCUUACUAUAGAUGGGGUCGAGUAACGUUUUCUACACCAGAAGCUGCUGCGGAAGCCGCGAUGUCGGUGAAGUCACUUCGCGAAGUUAGGAUACUGGGGAAAUCAUGCAGUAUCUCGUUGGGUAAGAAACAGCACAGACCCGUGCUUUUUCACAAGGUGCCAAAAACGGUAACAGAACAGGACAUCCGUAAUUGCUUGCCAAACGAUUCCCAAAGGAGAGCUAUAACUAAGAUCAGCAUCAUAAGAGAGAAAACCUUUACGAAUCCAAACGAAAUCCCAUACUUCCAACAACAGAUACACGACCAGUUUCAAGAAUUCGACCAUGAUAUGAAAUUUGUUGUGGAUGUCAUGAAGCCGUAUGAUAGUAACAACAACUUUAGAGCAUUCAUAAAGUUCAACGAUGCUUCUCAAGGCACAAUGGCGUGUGAUGCUCUACGAGGAAGAUUAAUAAUCAAUGGUCAAAAAGCAAAUCUAACACCAAAACUAUCGUCGUCUCUCUCAGUACCGGAACAAGUCUACCAAUUACUUGAAGACGAAAUUGAAGAUUUUACAGCCGAAUUAAGAGAAAAUGGCACCGAGUUCAAGCUAGACAGUAAGAAAUUGAACAACGAAAGACGAGUUUUUAACAUAUCAGCUUCGAAUUCGCAUGACCUCGUGCAGAUUCGAUAUGGAUUGGCGGCCAUUGUACAAGGGGAGGUAAUGGAAUAUUGGAGCAACGAGAACAACCGGUAUUUAUUUCUGAAAUCCGGUCGCGAAUUCCUCCGUAGUUUGGAGAAGAGGACCAUUACCAUUCUUCAAGUGGACAACACGCUGCUCAGUCUGAGAGUUUUUGGAUUGGAAGAUAACAUAUUAAUGGCACAGAACGCAAUUGAUCAAUAUCUAGGAAACAUGGUUGAAGGCGAUGGGCGUCGGGAAAUCAAACUGGAUGGCGAGUCUCAACCAAAAGGCUUGAUGAAAACCCUAGUCAUUCGUUAUGAUUUAGAACUGGAAGGUUUUGUACAAGCGUCUGGACUGCAGUCAGCAUUGUUGAACCACCAUAAUCAAACGCUGAAGAUAUCUGGUGAUUCAGCAAGUAUAGAAAAAGCGACCGGAUUGAUCGAGUCAUUGGCUACUGAAUUGAGGAAUAAAAUCACGAAGACGAAAAGUGUGGAGUUGCCAGAUUGUUGCUCUUGUCUAUGUCCGGUACAAAGUAUGGACUAUAUAUACCGACUAGAAGCAUGUGGCCACGCGUAUUGUCUGGAUUGCAUCAAGCGGCAGAUAACUGUGGCUGUUCAAAGUAAAGAGUUACCGGUCUUGUGUGUAAAUUGUCAAGACCCACUUGUUUGGUCAGAUUUUGAAUUUUGCUUCAAACGACUACAAAUUAACCCUUUAGACUUGGUGAGAACAGCUGUGUCAGUGUACAUGAUUAGAAACAAAGAUGGCUACCGACAUUGCCUAACCCCUGACUGUGCAAUGGUUUAUCGUAUUACUAAGAAGUCGGAUGUCUUCAACUGUAACGAAUGCGGCUUGAGAAUCUGUACGUCCUGUCAUGUUGAAUACCAUGAUGGUUUGACAUGUGCUAUGCUGAAGAGUUCUAGUGACGUUGACUCAGACAUGGAGAAAUAUUUGAGAGAAAAUGCAACAAGGUUUGAAUUAACUAUAUUGAAUAUGUUUGAAUUAACUAUAUUGAAAAUGUUUGAAUUAACUAUAUUGGAUAUGUUUGAAUUAACUAUAUUGAAUAUGUUUGAAUUAACUAUAUUAGAUUUGUUUGAAUUAACUAUAUUGAAUAUGUUUGAAUUAACUAUAUUGAAAAUGUUUGAAUUAACUAUAUUGAAUAUGUUUGAAUUAACUAUAUUGGAUAUGUUUGAAUUAACUAUAUUGAAUAUGUUUGAAUUAACUAUAUUAGAUUUGUUUGAAUUAACUAUAUUGAAUAUGUUUGAAUUAACUAUAUUGAAUAUGUUUGAAUUAACUAUAUUGAAUAUGUUUGAAUUAACUAUAUUGAAUAUGUUUAAAUUAACUAUAUUGAAUAUGUUUGAAUUAACUAUAUUGAAUAUGUUUGAAUUAACUAUAAUGAAUAUGUUUGAAUUAACUAUAUUGAAUAUGUUUAAAUGA